AACUGGUACAAAGGUAUAUACACUUCAGAUGGUUCAGAUGGUGUCUGUAUGACAGAAAUAAAUUCAACAUGGCCUCUACAACACUGAAUCAGCGACCAGCUCUCAUGAUCAAAGGAAUCCUACAAAACCCUAGUCAUCUUUUCCGUUGUGUGAUUAUUCUCUGCUUAUUCUUAAUGGUUAUUAUUAUUUAUCAGAAAUCUAAAUGUCCUAAGCAGAACCCAAUUUAUAUAUGUAUAGAGGAUCCAGAACAACUCCGUUUGUCUGGUUUAGAAAAAGUUGAGUUUCUCCCAUUUGCUGGUGCAACACAACAGGAUUGUCUCGGUAAAGUUUCAGUACACCCAAUUCUUCUUAACAAGAACGAGCAGAGUCGUGCUGAUCAUUGCGUACAAAACUAUGAACAUGACUUCAAGGCAGCCCAUGAAUUAUUUUGGUAUGGCGAUAAUCAGUAUGUUCGUCAUCAUCAUCACAAAUAUCUGACCAAUCAGAGCCUGGUUAUCGAUGUUGGAGGCAACGUUGGGGAGGAUGCUGAGUAUUUCAUACAGCACUACAAUCCAAAGAAUUAUGUGAUUCUGGAACCACUGAAGCUUCUUUAUAGAAACCUUGUCAAAAAGUUUACACUCCGGCAUAAUAUUGUAACCUAUAAUGUAGGUUUAGGUAAAAAGAACGAAGUGUUUAUGUUGAGUAUCGAAGGUCAUGAUGGUGAUGCUACAUCACCAUUCUUAGCAAAGACUGCAGAGGGAACCUGUUCUCUAAAGGUUGUCAACACAACAGUUUUUCUGACAAAACUAGGUGUUGGUUGUUACGAUGUCGACUUACUAACUCUGAAUUGUGAAGGAUGUGAGUAUGAUGUGUUGGAAUCAUUACUUGCUACAUCACUCAUCAACAACUUCAAACAUAUCCAAUUUGCCACACAUGUUAAACUACAGUACUUGGUCAAUCCAGUGAAACGGUACUGUGAUAUUCAAGAGCUUCUACAGAGAACUCACCGUCUUAGCUACAGCUACAAGUUUAACUGGGAGACUUGGACAAGGAAAGAUGUGACCUCAUAAAAUUUGGCUGCUAGCAAUUUCAUUUGCCGAUACCAGACUAUUUCCAAGUUUGGGAGUAACUAGCAUACUAGUUUGGUGAUUGGUACCAUCAUUCAAGUUUCAUCAAAUUGUAUGAAAGAUACAAUUUUGAGAUUCUCAUCAUCUCUUAAUGGAGACAUUUUGUUAUAAAUAACAAUGACAGCAUGGUAAUUAAUAUAAAGGAUUAAGUUAUAUAAUUGUAUGUAUAUUGGCACUGACAGAGCCGACUAUAGGUUUGUAUUGUGUCCCUCAGUCUAUGAGUACACCCUAUUGGAACCGACAGAGGGGAUCAUAGGUUUGUAUUGUGUCCCUCAGUCUGUGAGUACACCCUAUUGGUACUGACAGAGCGGACUAUAGGUUUGUAUUGUGUCCCUCAGUCUGUGAGUACACCCUAUUGGUACUGACAGAGGGGAUCAUAGGUUUGUAUUGUGUCCCUCAGUCUACGAGUACACCCUAUUGGUACUAACAGAGCGGACUAUAGGUUUGUAUUGUGUCCCUCAGUCUGUGAGUACACCCUAUUGGUACUAACAGAGGGGAUCAUAGGUUUGUAUUGUGUCCCUCAGUCUGUGAGUACACCCUAUUGGAACCGACAGAGGGGAUCAUAGGUUUGUAUUGUGUCCCUCAGUCUGUGAGUACACCCUAUUGGUACUGACAGAGGGGAUCAUAGGUUUGUAUUGUGUCCCUCAGUCUACGAGUACACCCUAUUGGUACUAACAGAGCGGACUAUAGGUUUGUAUUGUGUCCCUCAGUCUGUGAGUACACCCUAUUGGUACUAACAGAGGGGAUCAUAGGUUUGUAUUGUG